AUGAACAACACGAAGGCCUACAAGAGUCUGCAGACGUGUAUACAAGAUACGGGCCCGGAAGUCAUACACAAACUUAACCACAUACGGGCGAGACAAAGCCGGCCGCUGCAUAUAAAGCUUGAGCCGCCACCUCAGGGACUAUAUUAUAGCCUCGUCCGCUGCGCCGCUCGUCAUCCCUCAGUCCCUCACCAGACGCCGCGGUUCCUCAUACUUCUCGUCUCGUCUCUUCGGGUCAUCCAGAACGAGGAGCAAUGUCUGAGGGAAGGUGGUGUGUGUGGAUUGGCGUCUGCUUGUCCGACAGAUUCUCGCAUGGCUGAAGGCUUGUGCCCUAACCAGCAAGCAAGCGGCGUCGAGUGCUGUCAGACAAUCCCGACCAACAUCAAGGCCUGCGGGGGGCGAGGAGGGGAGUGUGUUGAGCCGCAGACGUGUGGCAAGGGCCCCAGGGAGGAUGCACAGUGCCCGGGAGAACAAGUUUGCUGCAUCUUCGUCAAUUAGACAUCAGGAGUACAAUAGGAACCAGAGAGACAGCAAGAUGUUCAAGCUUCCUCGCUCUAAACAAACUCUCCCUGUGCCACCUCUUGUAGUCUUACGUUGAAUGCAAUAUCUUUGGCUUAUAUUCUUAACCCGGUAGCAGCGACGGGCCAAAUUUGUGGCUUUACCGUGUACCAGCGACGGGCCACAUUUUUGCCAUGAUAUAAACCCCCCAAAAUAGAUUAUGCAUAAACUGAUCACAAAUGCGUUGAUAUAUAUUAUGAAAUGGUUCGCUUAGAGGGACCAUUAGGAAACAUGGUCCCUGCAGCUACCGGGUUAAAAGCUCUUCACUACUUCUCUCUUUAGCUAGGUAAGGUGUUCAUCAGGAGCAACAUUAAUCAAUAAAACCCUGAUAAAAUAGUAGUCAUCUGGUAUUGUUAAGAUGCAGUAGUUUUAGGCUUGCUGUUUGAUACUUUUUUAUAUAUAUCCAGUAAAGUGGCUUGCUUUAUGUCUCCCGCGUCUUGGGUUCAGGCUGCCUUUGUCUCAAACAUAGAAAGUUAUUUGUUUCAUUAAUAAAAUGGAAGUAAAUACCA